CUCCUCAUCUUCAAUCCUUCAUCACCAUUUUCCUCAAACACUUUCACACCCAACAAACACCUCAAGUUUCUCUGUUUCUCUGAUUCGCACUCAUGGAAGUCACCCCUUUCACAUUUCUUAAUCAAGAAGAGGACUUGAUGAACUUCUUCAGCUUAUAUCCCGAGAUGCAGGACUUCGAGAUGAAUGCCACUACUACUGCUGCUGCUGCUGCUAAUCCCGUUUUGGGGUUGAAGAAGCGGAGGAAGAUCGAGGAAGAAGAUAACAAUGGGGCCGAGGAGGAAAUGAAGAAGAGGAUACCCUUCACUGACAUCCUUACAUCGUUGAUGAUACUAGACGAGGAGGAGAAGCAAGAGCAAGAACUCUACUUUGCUCAAUCCCAGCAGCAAACGGAGAAUCUCGAAGCCAAUUACAAGAAGAAAUCGGAAGCAAUGAGCCAGUAUUACUCUGAUUUUCAAGAGAGCAAUGCCCAGUUGAACAACUUGGAGCAAUCCCGCGGCAAAAGGAGCAGAGGAGCUGCUUUUGCCGCGGCCGCCGCCGCAGUGGCCGCCUCCGACACUAAUACUAGCCUGGCGGCCACCGCGGAGGGUGGGGCUACCUCCGUUGCGGCGGGGCCGCACCGGAGGCUGUGGGUGAAGGACAGGUCUAAGGACUGGUGGGAACUUUACAACGGCCCCAAUGUCUCCGAGGAGGAUUUCCGGAAGGCGUUUAGGAUGAGCAAGGCCACAUUCAACAUUAUUUGCGAGGAGCUCGACUCCGCCGUGACCAAGAAGAACACAAUGCUGAGGGAUGCAAUUCCGGUGCGGCAGCGUGUCGCCGUCUGCAUAUGGAGGCUGGCCACCGGGGAGCCCCUCCGUCUAGUUUCAAAACGAUUCGGCCUCGGCAUUUCCACCUGCCAUAAGCUAGUUCUUGAAGUCUGCUCGGCUAUCAAGACUGUUUUGAUGGAGAAGUAUCUCCACUGGCCAGACGAGCACACAUUGCAGGGGAUCAAAACCGAGUUCGAAUCUAUCUCCGGCAUUCCUAAUGUUUCCGGCUCCAUGUACACGACUCAUGUCCCAAUCAUAGCGCCCAAAGCAAGUGUAGCAGCCUACUUCAACAAGCGCCACACCGAAAGGAACCAGAAGACUUCUUACUCCAUUACAGUUCAGGGUGUGGUUGAUCCUAAAGGCCUCUUCACCGACAUUUGCGUCGGCUGGCCUGGUUCUAUGCCGGACGACAAGGUGUUGGAGAAUUCAGCUCUCUACAAAAGAGGGAGUUCCGGCCAAUUGAAGGACGUUUGGGUUGUCGGAAACAAAGGCCACCCACUAAUGGAUUGGGUUUUGGUUCCCUACACCCACCCGAACUUGACAUGGACGCAACACGCCUUCAAUGAGAAGAUUGGGGGCAUUCAAGGAGUUGCUAAAGACGCAUUUGCUAGGCUCAAAGGGAGGUGGUCUUGUUUACAGAAGAGGACUGAGGUGAAGCUGCAGGACCUGCCUGUGGUGCUCGGGGCUUGCUGUGUGCUACACAACAUUUGCACCAUGAGGAACGACGAGCUCGACGCCGAGCAAAAAUACGAUCUGUUUGAUGAUGAGAUGGUCCCUGAGAUUGGUGUGAGGUCUGCUGGUGCAGUUCAAGCUAGGGAUCACAUUGCUCAUAACUUACUUCACCAUGGUCUUGCAGGCACUGCGUUUCAUUAGUCAUUUUGGUUCUGUUACAUUCUUGUAUCAGCUUUAGUUAUGUGUAGUAUUUACCCGGUGUGGUAUAGAAGAUGGUAUAGUUUGGUUCGUCGGAUAAUUUUGUGUAGAAGAACAGAUGUCCCCUGUGAUAUAAUAGUUCCUUUUUAAUUUCUCCUAUAUGACUAUGAUUGACUACAACAUGUUGAGACUUGAUAAUUUCAGCUUCUGAUAUCAUCAUCAUCAAGUGUCAACCAUAUCAUCCGGGUUUGUAAUCGCAAAAUUCAUAAACAAUCACUAUUCCAAUAGCGAAA